AUGAUAAACGGAACCCCCGCUGCACCUUUGCAGCUCAAUCUGCAUGCAGAUGCUGCUGCUACUGCACCUGUUGGAGCCUCUAUCACGCAGCAACAGCAACAGGGCCCUGCGUGCUCAGGGAGAGACUCCAACACAUUGCAAAUUAGCAGAGACGCAGAAGCUGAAGAGCAGCAAACUCUUCUUUUAUUCAAAGAGGAGACAGAGCUGCACGUACAGCACGCGCUAAGCCACACAGACAGCUGCGCAAACCAACAACAGCCACGCAACAGCAAAGACACUCUGCUGCAGCAGCAGCAGCACCUCCAGAUGCAGAUGCAGCAGCAGCAGAAAGAGAAACAGCAACAACAAACAGAACAGCAGCAAAUGCAAAUCACGAGCCAUCAACAGCAUCUACAACAGCUGCCCCACAGCAAUGGGCAGCUUCUGCUGCAGGGAGAUCCGCAGCAGCAACUGCAUCAACAGCAGCUACAGCAACAGCAGCUGCAACAACAGCACUUGCAGCAACAGCAGCACCCCAACCAGCUUCAUCAGCACCAGCACCACCAGCAACAGCACAUUCACGAACAGCUUCUGCCUGCUCAAGAGCAACACUAUCACCAGCAGCUGCAGCAACAGCAACAGCAGCAGCAGCAGCAGCAGCCAGCGGUUAUAGGCGCAGCCGCUUCUGAGUCCUCUGGGUUGUUGCGGUGCAUGCCUCCGCUGCCGGCACGCGCAUCGGCAACAACACUAUCACCAGCAGCAGCGUCUGCAGCAACAGCAGCAGCAACAGAGACACCAGCAGCAACGGAAACAGAAGCAGCAACAUCAGCAGUAAUGGGAGCAGCAGCAGCAGCAGCAGCAGCAAGUGAAAGCCCUCGGCCUAAAGCUGCUGCUGCCAGAAAGCGCCGCAGCAGAGCCAAAGCAGCACAACCAAAGAAGAGUCCGCCAUCAUUUUCUGCAGGGUUAAUCCCCCAACUCUCAGCAGCAGAAGCAGCAGCAGCAGCAACGAGCUUCAGCCCUCAAGCGGAGACAUCUGCAGAGGAGACGACAGCCCAGGCAGCAGACGCCUUGCAAUCGGCCCCACAGGUGCAGCAGGUGCUGCAGCAGCAAACGGUUUUACUGCUGCAGUCCCCUAAGAAACCCAAACCCAGACCUCGACGCAGCGGUCAACAGCAGCAGCAGCAACAACAGAGGCAGCAACAGCAGCAACAGCAGCAACAGCAGCAACAGCAACUGCAGCAGCCGCAACAGCAACAGCGGACCUUAAUUGGUGCCCCACCGACGCCUUCCUUUGAAAUGGCUCGCCUCGCUUGGCCCCACAGUCAAUGCAGCAGUACAUUUGCUGCUGGUAGCAGCAACAGCAGCAGCAGCAGCAACUGCAGCAGCGCGGGCUGGGCGCUUCCGGCAAUGCCCUUAGCCUCGCCUCAGCAACACUACCGACAGCUGCAGCAGCAGCAGCAGCAGCAGCAGCAGCAGCAGCAGUGGCAGACGCAUCAGCAGUGCCAGUACCGGCCGCUGCAUGCACCAGAUGGUGCUGCUGCUGCGCGGGAGCAGCUGCUGCUGCAGCCACCCAUCGGAAAGCCCGAUACGAAGGCGUUUCCUGCAGGGGCCGUUGUGCUACAGCAGCAACAGAAGCACCACCAGCAUCAGCAGCAGCAGCAGCAGCAGCAGCAAAUGCGGCAGGUGCAGCAGCCUGUACCCUGCCGACCCUCUGUCUUGCCGCCAGAGCUGCUGCGUGAAGCGAACAAGCAGCAGCAGCAGCAGCAACUGCAACAGCAGCAAGUGCUGCAGCAUCAGCUGGACUGCCGGUGGUCGCAGAAUGCGGUGUCUUGGCAGUGCCAGUCGCAGCUACAGCAGCAGCAGCAGCAACAGCAGCAACACCAGCAGCAGCAGCAAUGUGGGUCUCCCAAACGCUGGAGCCCGUAUCCGGAGUUGCCCUUUGUCUACACCGACGAAGAGUUUGAAUAUGCAGUGCGAACAAUAUUUCAGUAUCAGCAGCAGCAGCAGCAGCAGCAGCAGCAAGUGGGUUGCCGUCUUGUAGCUGCAUCCUCUGCCCCAAAUGAGAGCCCCAAAGUUCCCGUUCGACUCAGUGCAUGCGGUGCUCCACGGAGCUGCAACUCUGCUGCUGCUUCUGCUGCUGCCGCUGCGGCUACUGCUGCUGCUUCUGCUGCUGCUGCUGCGCAUGCGUCACCGAAGGAGAGGAAGCGCCCCAUUAAGAGAGAUCGCUUGAGACGGCAAAGUGCUGCUGUUGCUGCUGCAGCACGGCUGCAGGGAAAGAAACGCGGGGGGGCAGUUGCUGCUGUUGCUGCAGGCAUGCGGUAUCCUCAGCAGCAGCAGCAGCAGCAGCAGCAGCAGCUAUGCUCAACAACGCCCACCACUACUACCAGCAGCAGCAUCUGCAUCAGCAGCAGCAGCAGCGGCAAGAGCAGCAACAACGCCUCCUUCUGCAGCACAGUUGAAACUCACCAGCAUGCAGCAGCUGCAGCAGCUCCUUACUGCAGCCCAAUAAGCCAGCAGGUGCAACAGCAGGUUCUCCAGCAGCAACUACAGCAGCAACUGCAGCACCAGCACCCAGAGCAGCAGCAGAUCCCGUCACAUAUCCAGGCUCACAGCACGCAGCAACACCUCCAUAAUAUACCCCCGCCGCAAGAGCUGCAGCAGCUGCCGCUGGCGUUGCAUUACCAGCAGCAGCAACAGCAGCAGCCCUACCCACAACAGAACCUUCAUGCGCACGUGCAGCAGCAGCAGCAGCAACAGGAGCAGCAGCACGGAGAUUCCUCUGUUGUUCAAGCGCAGCACGAUGAGGCCGCCAAGCAGCAACAAGAGAAGAAAUAUCUAAACUCUUUCGCGGAGCAGCAGCAACAGCUGCAGCAGCAGCAGCAAGACCAGGUUGCUAUACACCCCAGUGUGACGCUUAAGGCCUCAGAGCAGCAGGCAAAAGCGAAGUCCCAACGCCAGAAGAAGCAGGUGCAGCAGAAAACGCCGCAACAGCAGCAGCAACAGCAGGAACAGCAACAGCAGCAGCAACAGCAGGAACAGCAACAGCAGCAGCAACAGCAGCAGCAGCAGCAACAGCAGCAUCAACAACAGCAUCAAAUGCAACACCAAUUGCUGCAGCCACUCGAGUUGGAGCAUCCAUUACAGGGACAGCAGCAACUCCAGCAGCUUGACUUGAAGCAGCAGCAGCAGCUACUGCAGCACCUGCAGCAACAGCUGCAUCGGCAGCAGCAGCAGCAAAAAUACCACCAGCAGCUGCUUCUGCAGCAACACCAGCAGCUGGGGCUGCAGCAAUUCACAUCACCUGCUCUCUCCGCCAGCAAUAAGGCACAGCAGCAGGAGGAACAGCAGCAGCAGCAACAAAACCAAUGCCAGCAGCAGCAGCAGCAACAGCAGCAGCAGCAGCAAGCCCAUCUCGGGCCUGUAGCCCCAACGGGCAGGCAGCACUCAAAGCACAUCCUUUUGCUUCAGCAGCAGCAGCAACAACAACAGCAGCAACUGCAGCAGCAGCAGCAGGUCCUGCUAGAGUCUCACCAAAGGCUUGAGAUGCUUUCGCAUGCACUCAAUCAACUGCGAACUUCUCCACAGCAGCAGCAGCAACAGCAGCAGCAGCAGGAGAUGCAGCCUCAAGCAACAACAGCAGAACACGUGCAGCUGCCAGUUCCUAGGCGGUUAGAAGCAGUAGCAACAGCAGCAAACUCUGCAGCAGCAGCAGCGGUAGCAGCAGACGCUACUACUACGCAGUUGCUGCAUCAUGACAUGCAUGCGCAUCUGCUGCACCAGAGGCCGCUGCCUGCUGUUCGGUUCUCUUCCUUCUCCCACGAGCAGCAAGUGCAGCACCAGCAAACCCUGCUGCAGCAGCACCAGCAAACUCUGCUGCUGCAGCAGCAGCAACAGUGGUCACCUGAUUGUUCAAUGGUGCAGCAAUUGCAAGUAGGGCAAUCGCAAGAAGUAACAGCAACUGCUGUAGCAGCAGCAGCAACAGCAGCAGCUGCCGCUGUAGAUGGUAGUGCAAUGCUGCCGCUGAGGCAGCAUCAGGAGCAGCAGGAGGCUUGUGAGCAGAUUAGCAGAUCCAAUGUACUAAAAGAGGCGCACUGGGCCCACGGAGCAGCAGCAGCAGCAGCUGCUGCUGCUGCUGUUGCUGAAGGCCGCUGUGUAGCCCACACACUCUUAGCUGCAACAGGGGUGACAACGCCUCCCAAUCAAACGCAGAAGCAGCAGCAACUGCUGCAACAACAGCAGCAGCUUAAGGGGCCAGGGACAGAGCUUCCUUUCUUCCGUACACCCCAUCUGCUCCCAGCUGCAGCAGCAGCUGCUGUAGCUGCAGCAGCAGCUGCUGCUGCUUCGACCGCCGCUGCUGCGGCUCCUGCAGAGUUUGCUGCUCCUGCGGGGCCCCCCAGCAAGCGGCAAAGGGCUGGUAGCCCACAGCAGAAGAAGCAGCAACAGUAA